AUGCCGUCCAACAAAACUGUGUCCGAGGCGCCCAUCACUCAGCUGAUCAACUGCAGAAUCCUCAGAGACCACCGAAUACAGAGGGAGGACCUGUGGGUUCGCGAAGGAAAAAUCCUAGACCCCGAGAAGCUCUUCUUUGAUGAGCGAGCGUACGCCGACGAGCGGGUGGACUGCAGCGGCGCCAUUUUGGCACCCGGCUUUAUUGACGUGCAGAUCAACGGAGGUUUUGGAGUCGACUUCUCUCAGCCAUCCGAGGACGUCGGCGCCGGUGUUUUGUUGGUGGCGCAGAAGCUUCUGGAGCACGGCGUCACGUCCUUCUGCCCCACGCUGGUCACGUCACCACCGCACGUCUACCAUAAGGUUCUUCCUCAGAUCAAAGUCCAGCACGGCGGUCCCCACGGUGCAGGCAUCCUGGGCGUCCACCUAGAAGGCCCCUUCAUCAGUGCCGAGAAGAAGGGCGCCCACCCCGAGCGCUUCCUGCGCAGAUUUUCAGCCGAGGGCGCAGCGUCCGACCUGAUGGAGGUCUACGGCGGCCUGGGUGGCGUCGCCGUGGUGACGCUGGCACCCGAGCUGGAGGGCAGCCAGGCAGCCGUAGCCGAGCUGUGCCGCAGGGGCGUCACCGUCUCGCUCGGGCAUUCAGUGGCCAACCUGUCACAAGCCGAGGAUGCCGUAUGCCACGGCGCGUCCUUCAUCACGCACCUCUUCAAUGCUAUGCUGCCGUUCCACCACCGAGACCCGGGCAUCGUGGGCCUGUUGACAAGCGAGCACAUCCCGCCGGGAAGGACCGUGUACUACGGCAUGAUCGCCGACGGCAUCCACACCAACCCGGCCGCCCUGCGCAUUGCCCACCGCGCUCACCCCGCAGGUUUAGUACUGGUGACAGACGCCAUUGCGGCCAUGGGCCUUCCCCCGGGACGACACACACUUGGCCAACAAGAAGUUGAGAUCUGCGGCCUGCAAGUUUUUGUAGCAGGCACACAGACGCUAAGCGGCAGCAUCGCCAGCAUGGACAUGUGCGUCCGGCACUUCAGACACGCCACGGCCUGCAGCAUAGAAGCAGCUCUGGAAGCGGCGUCGCUGCACCCCGCGCAACUACUGGGAAUCAGCCAGCGCAAAGGAACGCUUGACUUUGGAGCGGACGCAGACUUCGUGUUGCUGGAUGACGAUCUAAAUGUAAAGGCCACCUUCAUCUCCGGUCAGGAAGUCUGGAGGAAAAGCACCAAAGAUGAACAACAUUGA